AGUGUGUGAAUCCGGAGAGCUGCUGCUGUAGUAGUGUGUGAAUCCGGUUCGUGUUUUGCUGUGUGCCCGAGGGCGGUCGUGAGGGUGUCAAUCCUGCCAAAUCCUGGGAGAGUGUGCAACCGACAACUAAAGUUAAGAAAAGCGACGAUAAUGGAUGACCCAGAAGACAUAAGAUGAGACAAAGGUGUGAUCUGUGUGAGAUGCGCCCGUGAUGGAAGGGGAACAUUUACUGGAUCUGGGUCACCUAACCGAGGUGGAGCAAACUAUUAUUCUCAAUGUGCUGCUGAGAGAUUCUGAACUGCGCAGCAAAGAUGAAGGCAGAAUGCGUAAACUACAGCAAACUGAGUCAGACCCGGUCCGUCUGCGCACGCUCUCAGGGGCGUGGUUUAAUGAUCAGCGCUCAAAAAGAUAUCAGAAGGGAGGUGCUGAUGUUGUGCAUGCCUCUAUACGCCGUAAGAAGCGUGAAAAAGAUGUACCUCUGAUGGCAAUAUUUGAUAAAGGUAAAACCUCCUCUGCUCCAUUUCCUGAGCAGCAAGAAGAAAAAAUAAGUACAGAGGAAGAAGGGCAGGAAAAUAUAAGUGUAGCAGAAGAUGGCACCAGUCAGGAAGAGAAAAAAAGAGAGAAGGAAGAUGAGGAAAGGUUGGUGCAAUGUCCCAUUCACAGAGUUCCCCCUGAACCCCUACCCAGGACAAAACUCAUCACAAAGAAAAAUACAGUGGAAAUAAAUGCCGUUUCAAGUCUUGAAGGAAGUAUUGUGCAUUCAGAGGACACGGACAGCAGAACUCUUUCAAGCGUAUCACCAUCUAUGAAGGUCGACUCGGAGGGAGACAUUAACUCUGGCAGUACUGAACUCGAUAACACUAAAUUCGACUCAGUCACCAGCUUGAGCUCCCAUCACUUGAUGAAUGGCAGCUUGAUGAGCCUGUACAGUGUGGGGGAUUUCGGGGAUGUUGUAGUGUCAGGACGGAUCCAGUUCUCGCUGCAGUAUGAUGUCAAGAGGGAGGAGCUUCGUGUCCGUAUAAUGCGCUGUCAAGAUCUUGCGCCGGCCCGCAAAAAUCGUUCAGACCCGUAUGUAAAAGUUUACCUUCUCCCUGACAACACAUCUCACAGUAAGAGAAAAACAUCAGUGAAGAGAAAAACAUUAAAUCCAAUCUAUGAUGAAACCAUGAAAUACAAUGUCCGCAGGCUGGAUCUUCAAGCUCGUGUGCUGAGUAUUUCAGUCUGGCACAUGGAGAGGAUGAGAAGAAACCUCUUCCUGGGUGAGGUGGAAGUGAGGCUGGGCCAGUGGGACUGGAGCCACAUCCAACCAGCCUGGUACACCCUCCAACCAAGAAUUCAAAUAAAUCCAGACGCCAUUAUCAGUCGAGGGACCAUUCUCUUCUCGAUUAGGUUUAUACCUUCUGGAUCCGAGGGAGAUGGCUACCCAUUGACUGGUGAGCUCCACAUUUGGUUGAGAGAGAUUGUCGGUCUCCUUCAUACAAAACGUUGUGCGCCCAUUACAUAUGUGAAAAGUGUGGUAUUGCCAGAUGAAAGUGGCGUCAGCGGCCAGCAGACUCGUGUGGUGCGAGGGUCCGUUAAUCCACAGUUCAACCACACCAUGGUUUAUGAUGGGUUUCAGUCCAGUGACCUCUUUCAGGCAUGUGCAGAAAUAACGGUCUGGAGCUCACAGCCAUCUACCUGUCUCGGUGGAGUACGACUCAGUACUGGCUCAGGUGUGAGUUACGGUCAGUCUGUUUGCUGGAUGGACUCUACUGAGGAAGAGAUCAGCGUAUGGUCGAGUGUUAUUCAGAGUCCCAACAGCUGGGUGGAAUCAAGUCUGCCAAUCAGGACCAAUUUACAGCUGUGCUCAGAGUAAACUGUGUUUAUAUGCAUA